AUGGCGGCGGCGGGCCCGGGGCGCGGCGGCGGCGGCGGCGGCGGCUGGGGCCGGAGCCGUGGCGCCGUGCUGCUGCUCUUCUUCUCGCUGUCGCCGCGGCCGCCGGCCGGGGCCGCCUGGCUGCUGGGGCUGCGGCCCGAGGACACGGCGCCGGGCCGGGUGUCCCUGGAGGGCGGCGCGGUGCAGGCGGCCGAGGGCAGCCGCUUCUUGCUGCGCCUCUACUUCCAGCCGCCCCCCGAGGGCAACGGCAGCCGCGGGCCGGCGGGCGAGCGGGAGCCGCGGCUGGUCUUCAUCGAGGAGGCGGCGGCGGCGGCGGGGGGCAAGGCGGCGGCGGGGGCGGCGGCGGCGGCGGGGGCGCGGGGCCCGGCGGAGCGGUGCCGGGAGCGCAGCGCCUGGGCCUCGGACGUGGAGGUGGUGGGGCCGCUGCGCUCGGGGGGCGCGGCGGGCUCGGCGCUGGCCGAGGUGCGGGUGCGGGAGCCCCGCAAGGGCGAGGCGGCGGCGGCGGCGCCGGGCGGGCGGCUCUUCUCGCUGUGCGCCUGGGACGGGCGCGCCUGGGCGCACCACGGGGCGGCGGGGGGCUUCCUGCUGCGGGUCCGGCCGGCGGCCCCCGCGCUGGGCGCCUGGCUGCUGCCGCUGCCCGAGGCCGGCUGGCUGCGGGCGCUGGGCGCCCUGCUGCUGCUGGGGCUGUCGGCGCUGUUCAGCGGGCUGCGGCUCUCGCUGCUCUCGCUGGACCCGCUGGAGCUCCGCGUCCUGCGCAACAGCGGCUCGGCCGCCGAGCGGGAGCAGGCGCGGCGGGUGCAGGCGGUGCGCGGCGGCGGCGGCACCUACCUGCUGUGCACGCUGCUGCUGGGCCAGGCCGGGGCCAACGCGGCGCUGGCCGGCUGGCUCUGCGCCUCGCUGCCCGGCGGAGGGCCGGCGGCGGCGGCCGGAGGGCCGCGGGGAGCGCCCUGGCUGCCGGUGCUGCUGUGCGCCGCCGCCGUCUUCCUGGGCGGCGAGGUGCUGCCCUACUCGGUGUGCUCGCGGCACGGGCUGGCCAUCGCGUCGCGCACCCUGUGCCUCACCCGGCUGCUGAUGCUGGCCGCCUUCCCCCUCUGCUACCCGCUCAGCCGGCUGCUGGACUGGGCGCUGCGGCAGGAGCUCAGCGUCUUCUCCACGCGGGAGCGGCUGCUGGAGACGCUGCGCGCCGCCGGCCCCCACGGCGACCUGGUGCGGGAGGAGUUGGCCAUGGUGCAGGGCGCGCUGGAGCUGCGCACCAAGGUGGUGGAGGACGUGCUGACGCCGCUGGCCGACUGCUUCAUGCUCCGCGCCGACGCCGUGCUCGACUUUGCCACCGUCUCCGAGAUCCUCCGCUCCGGCUACACCCGCAUCCCCGUCUACGAGGGCAACCGGCGCGACAACAUCGUCGACCUGCUCUUCGUCAAGGACCUGGCCUUCGUCGACCCCGACGACUGCACCCCGCUGCAGACCGUCACCCGCUUCUACCGCCGCCCGCUCCACUGCGUCUUCAACGACACGCGCCUCGACACGCUGCUCGAGGAGUUCAAGAAGGGGAAGUCCCACCUGGCCAUCGUGCAGCGGGUGAACAACGAAGGGGAAGGAGACCCGUUCUACGAGGUGAUGGGCAUUGUCACCCUGGAGGAUGUCAUUGAGGAGAUCAUCAAGUCUGAGAUCCUGGAUGAGACAGAUCUGUACACGGACAACCGCAAAAAGGAGCGCGUGCCCCACCGGGGCCGCAAGCCCCAGGACUUCUCCAUCUUCAGGCUCUCGGACAGCGAGAUGAAGGUGAAGAUCUCCCCCCAGCUCCUCCUGGCUACGCAUCGGUUCAUGGCAACAGAAGUGGAGCCCUUCAAGUCCCCCUACCUCUCCGAGAAGAUCCUGCUGCGGCUCCUCAAGCACCCCAACGUCAUCCAGGAGCUCAAGUACGACCGGAAGAACAAAAAGGCGGCCGAGCAUUACCUCUACCAGCGCAACCGCCCUGUCGACUACUUCGUUCUCAUCUUGCAGGGGAAAGUGGAGGUGGAGGUUGGCAAGGAAGGGCUGCGGUUUGAGAACGGGGCGUUCACCUACUAUGGCGUCCCCGCCAUCAUGGCCAUCGUCUCCUCGGAUAGUGACGUGCGGAAAGUGAGCAGCCUGGCUGGGUCCUCCUUCCUGCUGCCUGUCUCGGUGUCCCGUACCUUCGCCUUCAGCAGAGGGGACUCCCUGGCUGGCUCACCAGUGAACCGGUCACCCUCACGGUGCAGUGGGCUCAACCGCUCCGAGUCCCCGAACCGGGAGCACAACGACUAUGGGGGCAGCACCACGCAGCUCUACAGCAGCAGCAAUAACAUCUACACUCCUGACUACUCUGUGCACAUCCUCUGUGACGUCCAGUUUGUCAAGGUCACCCGGCAGCAGUACCAGAACGCGCUGGUGGCCAGCCGCAUGGACAGCUCGCCCCAGUCCCCCGACAUGGAGGCCUUCGACAGGGACUCAACCAAGGCUUCGACUGCUCGGGGCACCCCGCAGACACCCAAGGAGGACACUACUGCCCUCCUGAACGAGAGGAACAGCAUCAUCCGGCCCGAGGGGCCGCGCAGUCCCAGCGAGUCCGUGUGCCUGCGCAUGGAGGCCAUCCCCUUCAUCCAGGAGGAGCUGCCUGAGCACAAGGACAACAGCAAGCGGCAGGACAGGGAGUGCUGCGGUACCGGGCUGGAGGCAGAGUCCCCGGGCAGGGAGGCUGGGACCGGCUCCUCUCCCAGCAGCAACGAGGAGACCCUGGGCAAGAGGCUGCUGAGAUCGCUGAGUGGGCGCAGGCAGCACCAGUCGCCAGAAGGUGAGAAGGCGCCGGAGGAAAGCUCCAACCUCGUCCCGCUCAUCACCUGA